GGCGACCUGGCAUUCCCAACUGUCAACACCCUCGGACUACAAGACCGGAAAGAUGAUCCCGAAGCAGUUGAGCGGCUAGCAAAGAGGGUGCAAGAUGAAGCAGCCAAGCGUCCCGCUUACAGUCGCCGGCGAGCUUUCGAUGCAGACGCUGAUAUUGACUACAUUAAUGAACGUAACAAGCGCUACAACGAACUGCUCGAGCGGCAUUAUGGCAAAUACACAGCUGAAAUUAAACAGAAUUUGGAGCGGGGGACGGCAGUU